AUGUCAAAUCAAACAACAGCGACAGCUUCAUUACACGCUUUGACUGAACGUCUAGCGACUCAAUCACGCUCCUUAUCUCCGUUUCUAAACGCAGUCACUACUACCACGACGACAACGACCAGCAUAACGGGCUUGCCACCUAAUUUCCCUUCACCACAAGCAUUAGCCCAUGCAGCUUCAGCUUAUAGACAACCCGCACCUCCACCUUCAUUACCUUCUAUCCAAAUUUCAGGUCAAGGGAGACAUCAAGAUCCUGUAAUCAACCACAAAGAGAAACAGAGUACCAAAGGGAACGGACAUGGUCAUCAACCGAAUGGAAUUGGAGUGGGCGUAGUUAGGUGCCAAGAUGGUAGAGCAUGGCAAGAAAAGAAUAGACAUGCAAGUGAAAGGUUGAGUAGAUUCACCGAGAAAGAGAUGGAUCAGUUUGUGGAAGAUAUGGGAAUGGUACUUAGGAAGGAAUACGAUUGCUGGGUUGAGCAAUGUUGGCAAGAAGCAUUUCAUCAUUUAUUUACACACACAUUACCGAACUUGAUAAUUCACUUGAUAAUGAUUGGAUCGACUCCAACGUUCUUGAGGAGAAAAAUUGUAUACGGUGGACAAGGGCUAGAUCACUUGUUCCAAUCGCAAAUGUUACAUCUACUAUAUGAAGAACUAGAGAAAAGGUUAUCUGGAUCAAGACCCCAUGCUGAACCUGGACCUUCGAAUCCACAUAAACUAUCACCAUUAUCACUACCCACACCUACGCCGGCACCUAAUGCAACGACCACUCUGUUCAGAGAUGGUGUUUGUUUUCAUAAUUUGAGUUAUCAUCAUGGCAUACCUGAAGAAGAAGAUGAUCAUGGUGCAUGUCUAUGUCAAUUGACAACCUGUUUAAAUUGUUUUGAUCAAGCUUCAGCAUCUAGACGCGGUCCAAUCAGUCUAUUACCAUUCGAAUUGAAAAAUACAAAAGUAGCAAAUGGUUGGUUAGGUAAAAUUGAAAACGAACAACAAGCAAAAGCGAGACAAGAUAGUUUGAGGAGAAAACAAUCUGACCAAGUCAAUUUGCCGAAAGGUAAAGGAUUUAUACAAAAUUCUUCGUUAGAUAAAAUUACCAAAGGACCAAAUAUAUUUCCACAUCCACAAAUGACAGAUGUGUUAGCUGUCGAGGAACAUCUAAGAUGGAGAUUGAAGGAGAUGGGCGCAAAUGAUCCUGCUGUUGAAAGUCGGUAUGGUCCUUCAACAAACUCGUCCUUAGCUUUAGAAGGUAUCGAUCUACCGGAUGAGACUAUUUUGGAAGAUGGAAUACCACCGAAGAACAUACCGAAUGGUGGUGGUGGUAAAGGUGGGAAAAUAAAAGUAGCCAAAGGUAGAGGUGGUAAACUGAGGAAAAUGAUCGUUAAUCCCAAUGGAACUGUGCCAAAGUCGAACAAUUCGGCGUCAGAGAAGAAUAGCAAAAAAGCAAUCGUAUACUUACCUAAAGAAUGGACCGAGGAAGAACCGAGUCAAAGGAAUACAGCUAUCGUUCUGACUUUCAGGCAUUUUGUCAAGCUGCUCCAUCAGAUAUCAAUGGCAGCUUCGCCGUUUUCUUAUCCAGCAUACGCCAAAGACAUCGACGAACUACAACGUGUACAUCCAGUCGCUUUGUAUAGACGGAUAGCUGAACCUUCUGUGUCUCGACGUGACGAUCCCGCCGAAUUGAGAGCUUGGCAGAAUUGUAUGGAUAAAUGGGCAGAAGAGCUAGGUGGAAAGGAGCGUAAGAAAGGAAAUGACUUUUCAAACGAUAAACAACAUUCAUUAGCAGUCCGAUCAUACACCCGAGCAAUCUCUUUAGACGGUAAAAAAACAGUCUACUAUUCAAAUAGAGCAAUAGCAUUGAACAAUCUAGGUCAACAUGAGAAAGCUGAAAUCGAUUGUAAUUACCUUUUGCUGAAAGAUCCCAAAAAUCAAAAAGCUUUGUACCAAAGAGCUUUAGCUAGAAAAGGGAUGAAAAGAUAUCAUGAAGCUUCGAAUGAUUUAAAGGAAUUGUUGAAACAGGAAAAAGGGAAUGGUAACGAAAGUGCUAAGAACUUACUGGCCACUUUGAUCCAUUAUCAGAAUGAAUUGGAACAAGAGGAAGAGGAGUAUGGUGAUGAGGACGAAGAAGAAAGUGAUGAACUAGAUUAA